GGACUUCUAGAUGGAGACGAGACGAGCCUCUUCAGGGAAGCUUUGAUUUCAUCAGAAAAGUACAGAUUCCAUAGAACUAACGAUAUCUCUCGGGAGUUAUGGUCACAGUGUAGUAUUGCCAGUGCCAUAGUUGCGCAGCUGAUCGGAUGCAUGGCUGUCUAUUGAGUCAGUGGGAAAUUUAAAGCGAGCUUCUCGAAAACAAAAACCCUAAGAUUGCACCCAGCUACGGCUUCGCUCCAUCAUGGGAGGUCGAUUGGAUGAAUUGUCGUUCUCUCAUUAUGAAGUGCUGGGAGCCGAUUUGAGUGCCGAUUAUGGUGAAAGUGAAGAUGAGGAAGGUCAGGCGGCAGAGUGCACUUACCCAGGCGGAUGUGGUGAUUUGUUCGUGGUUUCCAUAGAAGAGCUGAAUGAAGCUGGAUUUACAGGAAUGACUUGUCCAAGUGGGAUUACAGAUACCUGCAAAACUCCAGAACCACUGAAAGUGCGCACAGAGAGAAGUUCUCAGUGGCAGCGGAACUCACUAGUAUUGCCCUGCCAAUCAUGCUCGCUACAUAUUCGGUUACACCUCCUCUUGCAGUAAGCUUGAGCAAGCCGGAAGAUUAUGAUUACAAAGUCUGGAUGUGGCAGUGGAUCUUGCACACUUGGGAAGGUGGAAAGCUGGCCGGGGCAGGUGUUCCAUAGGUGAGUGUCGUUUAGAACUACCUGCAGUAAGUGAAGGAGUGCAUCCGCACUCAUGGCGCCAGCGCUUGCGAUGAGACAUGAUCGACUGUCCAUUCUCCUGUCAAAAAUGAGGAGCUGCAUAAUAUGCCAACUUGACGAUUGUUCCCAAACUUUACUAAAAUGGUACAGUACACGCCUGUGCUUCUCCAGCAAAGUGGGCUGGAUUGGAAUGUUGGUGUGGACCAGAACUUUCAUGUGAUGGAGACUCUUGUGGAGAAGAGAAGAUAACACGUAUAAUCGCUUCCAGCGCGACGACCUCCUUCAGAAGCGUGAGGUAUCAUGGCUCUCCUUCCUAAGAAACAUUCUCACGGGCUCUGACGAGAUCUUGAAGGAGCGGGAGCAGAGGUGAUACCACUUUCUACGUGGAUUGUAGCCUCUGGAAAGUUUUUCCGCAUCCAUUAAAUUUUAGCUCGUAUAUUUUUUACUCCCUUCGUGGUACCUACUGAAGUCUUACUGAACUUUGAUCUUGAACUUCAUCUUGAACUUCAUCUUCAUCUGCACUCUCAACUACGUAGACCAGCAUUGAAGCUCUCUUUUCUUCAGGAGGCAUACAAGUGGAUUACAUGUCCACUUCGCAUGUGGAACGAUUCUGUCUCUGAUCUGCAGCUGCUAAUCGAACCUUUUACAUUUCUGGCAUAGUCCGGGCCGCGGCUCGUAUUGAGUCUUUGUACUUGAAUCAAUUCUUGCCGUUCCAAUCGCACAAUCUAAAGGAGUGUCACUUUCUAGAACACCCGAACCCUUCAUCUUUUCUGG